AUAAAGGACCCAGCUCACGCUGUUCAUGUAAUCAGGACAGAGAUACAGCUUCGGUAAAAAUGGAUCAGCACAUAUCAGAAAUAAAUGCGAUUGAAAGAAUAAGGAAGGCCUUGGUCCAACCCGGAAGCUCAAGCCGCUGCCUCCUUUGCCCAUAUGCCUAUAAGUCUGCUUGCUGUCAAUCAAGCCCCAAGCCGCAGCUGUUCCCGAUCCGUGAAUCAGGCUCUCAGACCGGGCAGCCUGUGCACCUACAGCUUCAAAGAUUAAACUAAGACAAACAAAACGUUUAGUUCUUUAUUCCUCUCGUUGCUCCUGUGAAAUGUCGCGUGUAGAGGACACUGCUCAUCUGUCCAAGUCUCGUCUGAGGUCAGAUUUAGUCAGCCACAAUGUGGAGCUGCCGCCUGCAGGGAGCAAGAAAGAGGUUUACCUGAAGCUGCACCUGGAACACGUGGAUCAGGGAAACGCUGCGGGCUUCUCCAGCGAUGAAGAGGAUCAAGUGCUUUAUGCGCCAGGUGGGGAUCGAGUUGAUACAAAGAUUCCUGACCCAACAGCAUUAUCAGAUAAGGAUCUCAAGGACUUGCUACUUAAAUAUGGAGUUAAAGCAGGGCCUAUUGUAGCCUCGACAAGGGCCGUAUAUGAAAAGAAGCUAAGGAAACUACUGCAAUCUGAUGGGAACGAGGGAUUAAAUGAAGCAGAGACUGCGGUGCUGUACUCAGACAGUGAUGAGGAAGGUGAAGAAAAUGGGGACUUGGAAGACGAGAAGGAAUCAGAGGAAGAGAAAGAAAGAAUUAAUGAAGCACUGGAGCUGAACCAAAAACAGUGCAAUGAGAAAAAUGUGCAGAGGCGUGACUAUCCUUAUUCACAGUGCUUUUUCUUAUCAUCAAAGCUGCGGCCUUGUCCUCAGGAAAACACUGCCUAUCAUUCCAAGAGGAAUUUAGGGAGUGCAUUAAAAUCAUCAGAGUGGACUCAAGCUCAUCGCUCACAGAUUCCAGCAGGAAUUAACAAAGUAUCCUUAAAAACCAACCAUGCAGGAUUAAGAUCAGGGCAUCUUCAGGAACCAGUAAAAAAUAUUUUAAAGGACCUCAUCCCAGAAGCAAAGACCACACCCACUGGGAUCUAUGUCACUCCACGAAGACCCAUCAAGGGUGCGGCACAGCGGCCCAUCCUGUAUGGAUACCCCGACACGCCGGUCAGUCCUACAACCUUGGAAAGACGAGAGGUGGAGAGACGUCUUGUACCCAUCUCUGUCCAGAUUUUGGUCUUCUUUAUUGUUUUGUAUAUCCUUUACUUCAUUUCUAUUAAUGUUUAGGACAGCAUGGCUUUUUUUUGGCCUUGCUGGAGUGUUUAAACCUGUCUUCUGGUAGAAAAGAGGAAUUUCACCUUCUGGUUGAGACAUGGAGCAAACGGUUUGUCUCUCUAGAUCUUUAACUGUUUCAUUCACCAAUGUUUGUUGACACAUAUAUGUGAGCAGGCCAAGACAUGUCUGUUGGUAUUAAGAAUCUGCCAGUCCACUGCAACUCUUUUUGUAUUUUAUCUUGUUUGACCCUAAUAUUGACCAUUUAGCUAAUUGGCAACACUGUUUGAAAAAAGGUACGUUUAGUCCUAUUUGAAAAAUGUUAUUUAAAUUGCAAACUUUGAUGUAAUUCUUUAUGCCUUGAAUUUGUAUUGUAAUACUUGUAUGUUUUUAUAUUUGAUGUUUAAAUAAAGACUGUUCUGCUUAAUGUU